AUGGACUCCGAGCGACUCGUAAUCGAUCCGUCUGCUAUGGGCCGGAAUGGUGGAGAAGGGCUGAAGGAGACGAAGGUACCAAUACCAAAGAAGAGAAUGACAUUGUUGGCGGAAUUUGAAGAAAAAUUUGAAGGAAGAGAUGGAAAGCUGGUUUCUGCUUAUGGUACCAUACACCAAUUUAUCUUAUUUAUUGAUCUUAUUAUUUUCUCAUGGCAAUUUACUGACUCCUGGCCCUGGUUUAGUAAUUUGGAAAGCCUUCAAAGAGAGGGCCCAUGGACCCAAGACAUACAUGAGGUCGCCAAGAUUGAGUCAAAGUUGAGAUCUGAGCAUGACAAUGAGCAAACCGAAGAUGGCAUGUCUAAUUCAACAGUGACUGGUCUUGCUCCUCAAGAACUUGUUCCCAUUGACCCCGUUCGUCUUGAUGGGAAGAACUACACGAUCUGGGCACGGCGAAUGGAGUUUUUCCUCAAGGAAUUAAAAGUUGAAUAUGUACUCUAUGAGCCAUGCCCUGGCAUUAUGCUAGGAUCUGAAGCAACUACUGAAGAAAUUGCUGAAUCGAAGGCUGCUGAAGAGAAAUGGAUCAAGGAUGACUUUAUGUGCCUUCGCACCAUCUUGAACUAUCUAUGUGAUGAUCUCCUCCAUCGUUACGCAAAGAGAAAGAAAACUACAACUGCUAAACAACUGUGGGACGAUCUAAAAUUAAUGUUCGGAACAAAGAGAUCUCUGGUUAGAAAGUACAUGGAAUUUCAGAUGGUUGAUGAGAAGACAGUUGUGGAGCAAGUUCAAGAAUUCAAUCGCAUUUUCGAUGACGUUGUGGCUUCUGGAAUGACGUUGAACGAGGAAUUUCAUGUGAAUACAAUCAUCUCCAAACUCCCCCCCUCUUGGGAGGAUGUGCGCAUCAAGUUGAUGCGUGAGGAUGAGGAGGAGCAUCUGUCUCUUGAAAAGCUGAUGGAUCGCUUGAAGGUUGAAGAACAAUCACGCAUCAAUUAA